AUGAUCACCCUGAACCAGCCUCGCCGCAUCGUGCUGGCCAUGUUGGUCCAUCUGGUCCAGUUCCUGUGUGCCGCCAUCUUCCUCGGUGGCAUCGCCGACCAGGCCCAGUUCGGCCCCAACAACCAAUGUCUGCUCUUCAUCUCCAACUUUAACCGCACCAUCAACUCGCAUUUCACCUUUUCGGCAACGUCCCUGAGCUGCUCCUAUAUUAUCCUCGUCGGCUCGGUGGGCGUCGUCCUGUCGUUGAUCUUUGGGGUUGGCACCCUCUACUUUCUGUCGCGAGAAGCCUCUCGAGCGGCUCGGGUGAUUCUCGCCUACGCAGCGACCUCGACCAUCUUCUCGCUGCUGCUGCUUGUGGCUGCGUCGCUGGGCAGCAUCGGCAUCCGGUGGACCUGCGGAUAUCUCGAGCAGUCUGGAGUCCAGUGCGCCUCCGUCUUUGCUAGCGGGUUCACGGAGAACAAUGGCAGUGCCAUCCCAAAGAACCUGGGGACGAUCAACGCCGCUAUUGGUGCCGGAUGGUUUGGGCUGCUCGUCUGGGUCCUGUUUGCCCUGCUGGAGCUCCGAAACUGGAAGAACACUCGCAACCAUUUCAAGAACUCGACCGAAGCCUCGUGA